GAACAUGACCAACUGCGAGUUCAACGUGAACUCGUUCGGGCCCGAGGGCCAGACGGCGCUGCACCAGUCCGUCAUCGACGGCAACCUGGAGCUCGUGAAGCUGCUGGUCAAGUUCGGCGCCGACAUCCGCCUGGCCAACCGUGACGGCUGGAGCGCGCUGCACAUCGCUGCGUUCGGGGGCCACCAGGACAUCGUGCUCUAUCUCAUCACCAAGGCCAAGUACGCGGGCAGCGGCCGGUGAUGCCCGCCAGGACCCGGCCCCGCGCGUGUCGUCUCUGCUGUCCCUUCCCGCCAACUACCUCGGUGUUCGCCCGGGCCACGACGAGUCCGGCGCGCGCGUCCGUGCCCACGGGGGCCGCGCGGCGCCCGCUGCCCGGGGUCGGCGCCCCCCCGCGGCCGCCGGGACCCGCCCGAGAGCUUCCCACGGCCCCGCCCGCCGCCUCGCGGGUGGGGGCGGGGCGCGGGCUGCAGCCCCUUUGAAAUUUGAGUCUCGAUGCCAGCGAGUUCGGAAUCCCGAGACACCGGAUCCUCCGCUCAAAAUGUUUUCGCCCGAAGGUGGAAGGACCCGCGGCCGGAGCCGCCGCCGCCGAGGAGCCACCGCGGGGCGUGCCUGCGCCGGGACGCGCGCCCGAGGAGGCGCUCCGCUGUUGCUGGGGUUCUAAACUAUUUAUCACGUGUGUGUAUAUUUGUGGGUGAAGUUUGUGCGCCUGCUUUUUUUGUUUGGAAAAUAUUGUGCGUGGUCAAUGUGGUUAUUGGGGGAGGGAGAUGCAUUUUUUUUUUCUAGUCUUAAAACUAAAAACUUGAGUCUCUCGUUUCUUGGUUGCACUGAAAAUACCGCCCAGCCUGAUGGUUUUCCCGUGCUCUUCCCUCUGCCUCCUGUUUCUCUUCCUCAGCCCUGUCCCCCUCGUCUCCGCCUUCCCCUCUCCCCUCCCUCGUCUCUCACAUUCACACUCACACACACGCGAUUCCGUGUGAGUUUGGGAAGCCCCAGGCCCCCCUCCGCCUUCUCCCGUGAGAGGUCACCAUCCCCAGACCUACUGGUUUUGCAGAGUUUCCGCGGGAGCCUGGGUGCUCGGGUGUGGUGGGGGCGUGGAGGGGACCAGACUUUUCUAGCGGUUCUCUUAUAGUUAACAGUUGGUUGCACACUUUUUUAAAAAGUAAAUGGAUUUGCCACGAUUAAAUGUCAUAACAUUUAUGACAAUAUAAAAUAUUAACAUAUUUUAAGCCAAGUUUUAGGUGUAUUUUUAAAAUCUUGGUUAUAAACCCAAUUUUAAAGGGCGUUGUAUCCAGCGUUGUGAAGGCAACAGUGUACCCAUAUUUAUAUUUUUAUAAAAUACCUAUAAGACUGUGAAUCGCUUGUGCUAAUUGCUGAGUGAGUUGAAGGACCUGUUUGCCCCUGUUCAGCCUCCCAGAGCUUCAAGGACCCGAUUCGAAUCCGAAAAUCCUGCCAUGGGGGAGGGGCCGCGCGAGGACCUGGGCCGGAGGUGGUGCUUCUUCGUUACUUUCUGUCUCGAAAGGCGCCUUUCCUGGUCUGCGAAGUUCCAAUUUUCUAUGCAACCCCACACCCCUUGUUGUUUUGAUCCCGAGAAAUAAAAGGGAGGCUGAAUUAUUCAAAUUUAAAUGAGGCUUCCCCUGGGUAGAAGGGCUGCUGACCCUUCGUGCAAAAAUGGGGAGCACUUGAGGACACAGGUGGGUGGAGGCCCUUUGUGCGUGGCUAGUCAGAUUCGGGCAGUCAUCUGUGGCUUUUUAUAAAACCUUGUGUGAGAAGAAUAUAUUGAUAAUGUCAGUGAAACAAGCAGACAUUGAAACUGAGGCACAGAUUACUCCAAAAGGAGUUUUUCUGUAUAUUUUUUCUAGAUGCAAAUACCUUUUUAAUUAUGUUAAUUAAUGUUAAGACUUUCUAGGCUCGUAUGGAAGCUGUGUGUGGGUCCCCGUGUGACCACGUUGAACUGAAGUCUGCAGCACAUUCCUGAGUGUACGAUAUAGACUGGUAGCCCAACGUGAAGAAUUUAUAAAUAAAUUUCUCAUUGAUCUUUUUAUAUUAAAAAAA